AGAGUGAUCCUUGCUAUCAGUCAUUGCUGGCUGACUUCCCGAUCCAGGCUUGCUAUGAUAAGCUGCUUGGAUUCUCCAGGGAUGAGGUACAGUGCUGCUGAUGCUCAUCACUUUCCUCUCCGGAAUACGAGGCGAUCUUCUCCUAUAUAAUCCCGGGCCGGCCGGUGUUGUGCUCCUGGCAGGGAUCCCCCGCUCUCACCAUUGGCUGUACGCUCCCUGCACCGGCUGGAUAUGCAUGGCUUGCUGGAGAGGACUUCCCCACACAACCAUCAUGAGCAGCAGAAUCAGUUUCUUCGAGGGUUCCUCCUGGACUAUAUACCACCCAACCCACUCCCAUCAGUAUGGCAGAGAUACUUCUGAGCAUGUGCCGACUCCUGUCCCACCCUCUUCCCGGCCUUUUCUCAGGUCAGUAGGUAUCCAUCCUCAAAUUCACAGCUUGGGAAAGAGGAGGAGGACAGGAACCCGAUCACAAAGGACAGCUGCUUUUGAGGUGGAAAUUCUAGACUGCAGAACAAAGCGGCAGUUGUGCUUUUUAGAUAAGGUAGAACCUAAUCUUACAGUUAGCGACAUAAAGUUGAUGUUUCAUAAGUGUUAUCCUAAGUGGUAUCCAUCAAGGCAGUCAAUACGGUUAGAUCCCAAAGGCAGAUCACUGAAAGAUGAAGAAAUACUGCAGGACCUACCAGUUGGCACAACAGCUACCUUAUAUUUCAGGGAUUUGGGCCCUCAGGUCGGAUGGACUAUGGUUUUCCUAUUGGAAUACGCAGGCCCACUUAUUGUAUAUUUCUUUUUCUAUUUCCGGAUGCCUUUCCUCUAUGAGUUAACUAUGACUCUUACCUCCAGUCCUCACUCUGUAAUACACUUGGCAUGCUGUUGUCAUUCGUUCCAUUAUAUUAAAAGAUUGAUUGAAACAUUAUUUGUUCAUCGCUUUUCCCAUGGGACAUUACCUCUGAAGAGCAUGGUUAAGAACUGUAUUUACUACUGGGGAUUUGCUGCAUGGCUGGCAUACUACAUCAACCACCCUCUUUAUACUCCACCCUCAUAUGGGAAAAAGCAGAUAAGUUUGGCCAUGGUCCUUUUUCUGAUGUGUGAAACUGGUAAUUUUUCCAUCCAUGUAGCAUUAAGCAGUCUAAAAUCAGAUGGUUCAAGAUCAAGAAGGUAUCCCUUCCCAACACGAAAUCCAUUUACAUGGUUAUUUUUAUUUGUGUCAUGUCCAAACUACACCUAUGAGGUGGGAAGCUGGAUUAGUUUCACAGUGAUGACCCAGUGUGCCCCAGUUGGAAUAUUUACACUGAUCAGUUUUAUUCAACUGACCAUUUGGGCAAAGGAGAAACAUCACAGAUACAUCAAGGAGUUUAAAGAUUAUCCAAGACUACGGACUGCAAUCAUCCCCUUUCUGCUGUGAAGACGAACAUACAAAAAGGAUAUUUUAUAUAUUUCUUUUAAUAUUUGAUACAGAGCUAUAUCUAAAUACUAAAGAUGUAUUCAUAGCAAAAUGUCAAAUUUUUAAGACAUAUUUUGUACAGUCCUUUCGGCAUAUUUAACAAAGGGUACCUUUUUUUACACAUUUGAUUCUUCAAGGGGCCUUUGACUUUUUUGCAAGUGUGGAACCCUCUUUUCCAAUUGCUCCAUGUAAUUAACAGAUGCCACCUCUGUACACUCCCAUCAGUAGAUACAGGUUUGGUUGUGGAUUACGUCUAUCAGACAGCCUUCUAUAGCCCAUUGGUUGUGUUGGUGCUAUCAUUUCUUUUAAAUAAAUGACGUAGCAUUUAUUGGCUGUCCAAACCAUUUAGUA